AUGCUGCGGAAGGCAACUGCUGCUCGAGGCGAUGCUUUGCUCAGCAUCUUAUACCGUGUCCCACACCCUCACUCAACUGAUGGCUUAGAGUUACGCUUAAUUAAGAAAAUAGAAGUCAUGAGAGAACUUACCAUCUUCCUACCACAAGACGACAAAGAACAUCCAAGAUGCUUAAUCCCAGAGCUUUGCAAACAGUUUUACCACUGGGGCUGGGUCACUGGGACUGGAGGAGGAAUUAGCAUGAGGCAUGGCAAUGAAAUCUACAUUGCUCCCUCAGGAGUGCAAAAGGAACGGAUUCAGCCCGAAGACAUGUUUGUUUGUGACUUAAAUGAACAGGAUGUAAGUGGACCACCACCAUAUAAGAAGCUGAGAAAAAGUCAGUGUACUCCUCUUUUCAUGAAUGCGUACACAAUGAGAGGUGCCGGUGCAGUGAUCCACACCCAUUCUAAAGCUGCCGUCAUGGCCACCCUUAUAUUUCCAGGAAAGGAGUUUAAAAUUACACACCAAGAGAUGAUAAAAGGAAUACAGAAAUGUACCUCGGGAGGGUUCUACAGAUAUGAUGACAUGUUAGUUGUUCCCAUUAUUGAGAAUACACCUGAGGAGAAGGACCUCAAAGAGAGAAUGGCUCGUGCUAUGAACGAAUAUCCAGAUACCUGUGCAGUGCUUGUCAGGCGUCACGGAGUGUACGUGUGGGGAGACACUUGGCAGAAGACUAAAACCAUGUGUGAAUGCUAUGACUAUUUGUUUGAUGUUGCUGUAUCAAUGAAGAAAAUAGGGCUGGAUCCUGCACAGCAUCCAGUUGGAGAAAGUGGAAUUAUGUAA